UUCUGAUAGACAAAAUUUCUUAAAAUCACUGUUAAAUGAACCUACUCCGAAGCUUGUGCUUGCGAAAACUCUCAACUUUUCAUCGAAGAAUAGGAAACGCGAAUGGUAUAAAAGUUACCAAAUUUGUUUUAAUGGAAAUGCACUUGUUGGAAAAGAUAUAAAUUUCACAAAAGGUGUGGUCCUCCACAAGUUAUAUGAUAUGAGUCACAGAACAGAUGAAAAGAGACUGGCUGGAUCCGAACUACAAAGCAAAAGUCUUACAAAAUGGCCCUUCUGGCUGUACAAUUAG